AUCGCAGUCUCUCUCCACUAACAUGGCAUAUAAGGUAUUUGCACUGGCCGCCCUUGUGGUCGUUGCCAUCGCUCGUCCAGAUAGCCCGCCUAGAUAUGGCUACUCUGCUCCCACACCCUCUUAUGCACCUGCCAAGUACGACUUCAACUACGCCGUCAACGACCAGCAAUCAGGCAACGACUUCGGACAUGAGGAAGCCCGUGAUGGAGACAACACACAGGGAUCUUACUACGUCCUUCUUCCCGACGGUCGUUUGCAGAGGGUCACCUACAAUGUGAACGGAGAUUCCGGUUACGUAGCUGAUGUCACCUACGAGGGAGAAGCUCGGUACCCCAGCCCAAAGGCCUCCUAUGGUCCUCCUCAGCCUUCUUACAAACCACCUACACCUUCCUAUGCUUAAGGAACGGUACAAAAAAUAUUUAUUGAACUCAUGUUUUUGUAAAUAUUAGAUAUUAAACCAGCAAUCUUCAU